GAAGUUUAACGCUGCAGCAAUUUAAGAUGGCGUUCUAGGCGAAAUUUUGAGAUUUGACGCUUUAAACUAGUGUCGGAUAUCAACAUGAGAAGACACCUUAAAGUAAACCAUAUAAACUACUGGUUGAUUAAACAUAACGAGAAAGCCAUUUGAGGGUGUUAUUGUUGAUAUAGAAACCAGUACUUUCAUUUAGUUUAGGUGAAAUAAGGAAUAUAACUUUUCUAAUUACUAUAGUUUGUUACUUUCUCAUAAAAAUUUGUAUUUUUUCUCUAAUUUACGUACCAAUCGUAAUUUCAAUAUGAUGAAUAUUCUGCUUCAACAACAACAGCAGCAGCAGCAACAACAACAGCAAAAUCCUCAACAACCCCUUAUGCAACAGCAAAUUCAACAACCCCAACCACAGCAACAGCAGCCGCAACAACAACAGCAACCUCUAGAUAAUAUUUCCAAAAUAAAAUCAUUGAUUGGACCAUUACGUGAAUCUCUUUCUAACACAAUAAAAACUUCUGCUCAAACUCUAAACCAGAAUAGUCAAGUAGAUGUAGGCUCACAGAAAGGUGUUGAUGUUCAAAUACCUCGUUUUGAUAAAAACUUGGAAGAAUUUUAUUCCAUUUGCGAUCAAAUUGAACUCCACUUGAAAACUUCUUUAAAAUGUUUGUCUCAACAAGAAAGCAGCAAUAGGUUUCUAAAUCUACCUGUAGCACCAACAAAAACUGAAAGUUUAGGUCUUAAUGACAAUACAUUAACAUAUCCUCAAUUUCUUGCAACAGCAACUGCGCAAGUUUCUUAUACUAAAGAAAUCCAUGACACUUUGGUAGCGGCAGCUCAAAAUAUAUCUCCAUCGGAUUGACCAAUUCAAAAUUAUUGUAAUUAAAUUAUUAUAUUGAAGUCUGAAUUUAUAGAA